AUGGACGCGCUGGAGUCGUUGUUGGACGAGGUGGCCCUGGAGGGGCUUGAUGGCCUGUGUCUGCCCGCGCUAUGGAGCCGUCUGGAGACGCGAGUGCCUCCCUUUCCGCUGCCUUUGGAGCCCUACACGCAGGAGUUCCUUUGGCGGGCCCUUGCCACCCACCCGGGCAUCAGCUUCUAUGAAGAGCCUCGGGAGCGACCCGACCUCCAGCUCCAGGACCGGUAUGAAGAGAUUGACUUGGAAACCGGAAUUUUGGAGUCCCGGAGGGAUCCAGUCGCUCUGGAGGAUGUCUACCCCAUUCAUAUGAUCUUGGAGAAUAAGGAUGGCAUCCAGGGCUCUUGCCGGUACUUCAAGGAGAGGAAGAACAUAACCAAUGACAUCAGGACCAAGACUUUACAGCCCCGUUGUAUGAUGGUGGAAGCUUUUGGCAGGUGGGGAAAGAGACUGAUCAUCGUUGCCUCCCAGGACAUGCGUUACAGGGCCUUGAUAGGCUUGGAGGGUGACCCGGACCUGAAACUCCCCGACUUCUCUUACUGCAUUUUGGAGCGAUUAGGCCGGUCCCGGUGGCAAGGGGAGCUCCAGCGAGACCUCCAUACCACUGCUUUCAAGGUUGAUGCUGGGAAGCUCCACUAUCACCGGAAAAUUCUGAACAAAAACGGGCUCAUCACGAUGCAGUCCCAUGUGAUCCGAUUACCCACUGGAGCCCAGCAGCACUCCAUUCUCCUCCUUCUGAACCGGUUUCACGUGGACAGGAGGAGCAAAUACGACAUCCUCAUGGAGAAGCUCUCGGGUGUGCUGAGCACACGGACUAACCAGAUGGAGACCCUGGGCAGGCUGAGGGAGGAACUGGGGCUGUGCGAGAGGACAUUUAAGCGGCUGUACCAGUACAUGCUGAAUGCUGGCCUUGCGAAGGUGGUGUCUCUCCCCUUGCAAGAGAUCCACCCUGAGUGUGGACCUUGUAAGACAAAGAAAGGGACGGAUGUCAUGGUGCGCUGCCUCAGGCUGCUGAAGGAAUUCAAACGGAAGGUUGAGGACGACCAUGACCAGGACGACGAUGAGGACGAGGAGGUCAUCUCCAAGGGAGUGCCCCCGGUGGACAUUGUGUACGAGCGGGACAUGCUCACGCAGACCUACGAACUCAUUGAGCGCAGAGGCACGAAAGGCAUUUCCCAAGCUGAAAUCCGAGUGGCUAUGAACGUGGGAAAGCUGGAAGCCAGAAUGCUGUGUCGUCUUCUUCAGAGGUUCAAGGUUGUCAAGGGGUUCAUGGAAGAUGAAGGGCGUCAGCGGACCACCAAGUACAUCUCCUGCGUGUUUGCAGAAGAGAGCGAUCUGAGCCGACAGUACAAAAGGGAGAAAGCCCGGAGCCAGCUGCUAACCACUGUGAGCCUGGCCUCGGUGCAGGAGGAGUCACUCGUGCCUGAAGGGGAGGACACCUUCCUCUCUGAGUCCGAUAGCGAGGAGGAGGGCAGCAGCAAGAGGAAAGGCAGAGGAUCCCAGAGUGACGGGAAGUCCUGCUCGAACGCCAGUCUUGGGGCCCAGCCUCAUCACUCUGCCUCGGCGAAGGGCGGCUGGAAAGUCGGAAACCUCCACCCCCCGAAGAAGCAGCUGCCUUCCUCCCUAGGAGUGGCUGAGGAGCAACCCUGCCAGAGCUCUGUGAGCCGGGACAGCCUUCAGGACACCAGCUCCUCCUCAGACCCUGGCGUGUCCUUCAGCUCCCGCAGCAUGAAGAACAGCAGCAGCGACAUAACUGUGAUCGAAGAGGUCAGGCACGAAAACCCAAAGAAUGUGCGAGGACAGCCCACAGGAGAGACUUACCCAGCCCCAGACGUCAGCAGUGCCGGCGCUGAGAAGCCCUGCCUUAGCUGGAAGGCCAGUAUCACUGGCCGCGAGAGGAAGGAGAGCGGCGGUUCUCAGAAGACAGGGAAGCAUGGCCCAGGCCAAGACAAACCCCACGAAACUUACCGGCUGCUCAAACGCAGGAACCUGAUCAUAGAAGCCGUCACCAACCUGCGCUUAAUCGAGAGCUUGUUCACGAUCCAGAAAAUGAUCAUGGAUCAGGAGAAGCAAGAAGGCGUGUCCACCAAGUGCUGUAAGAAGUCCAUCGUCCGCCUGGUGCGCAACCUGUCCGAGGAGGGCCUCCUGAGGCUGUACCGUACCACGGUCAUCCAGGACGGCAUCAAGAAGAAGGUGGAUCUGGUCGUGCACCCGUCCAUGGAUCAGAAUGACCCGCUGGUGAGAAGUGCCAUCGAGCAGGUCCGUUUCCGGAUCUCCAAUUCCAGCACAGCAAACAGGGUGAAGGUGCCCCAGCCUCCUGCACCUCAAGAGGUUGAAGACGAAAGUCAAGGAAAAGAGGGUCCAAGCGGAUCAGGAGACUCUCAGCCGAACGCUUCCUCUAAACCAGAAAGCGGACGGGUGAAGAAAACUGACGAGAAGAUGGGCAUCACCCAGCUGAAAAAUUACAACCCUGUUAUAGUUCCAGGACUCGGCCGCUCUCUAGGAUUUCUGCCCAAAAUGCCUCGCCUGCGGGCAAUACACAUGUUUCUGUGGUACUUAAUCUACGGGCAUCCCACCAGCCGCCUGGGGGACAAGCCGGGCCUCGGCAGUACGAGGAGAAGGCAGGACCCAGGCAGGAUGGGAGUCCCGCCCUCCUCCAGAAGUGACCUGGGGGCCUCCUCUGAUGCCCCACCCAAGGACCGGCAAGAUGGAACCAUCCUGGAGACCGAAGUGGAGCUCCCCACGGAGAAAGUAUAUGUGGAUGAAGCCUCGUGGAAACGCUACGUCCCUCCCAUCCCAGUCCACAAGGACUUUGGCUUCGGCUGGGCCCUCGUCAGUGACAUUCUUCUCUGCCUGCCCCUCUCCAUCUUUGUUCAGAUUGUGCAAGUCAGUUAUAAGGUAGAUGACCUUGAGGAGUUUCUGAACGACCCUCUGAAGAAGCACACGCUGAUCCGCUUCCUGCCCAGGCCCGUCCGGCAACAGCUCCUGUACAAGAGACGUUACAUUUUUUCUGUGGUGGAGAACCUUCAGAGGCUGUGCCACAUGGGGCUGCUGCAGUUCGGCCCCACGGAAAAGUUUCAGGAUAAAGACCAGGUCUUCAUUUUCUUGAAGAAGAACGCGGUCAUCGUUGACACCACCAUCUGUGACCCGCAUUACAACCUGGCCCACAGCAGCCGGCCCUUCGAAAGGCGUCUGUACGUCCUGAACUCCAUGCAGGACGUGGAGAACUACUGGUUCGAUCUGCAGUGUGUCUGUCUCAACACCCCAUUAGGUGUGGUGCGCUACCCGCGUGUCAGGAAGAACAGCGCGCAGGACCAGGGCCUGGAUGAGGAGGGCAGUCUGCAAAAGGAGCAGGAGAGUGCCAUUGACAAGCACAACCUGGAGCGCAAAUGCGCCAUGAUGGAGUACACCACGGGAAGCCGUGAAGUUGUGGAUGAAGGCUUGAUCCCCGGGGACGGGCUGGGAGCCGCCGGGCUUGAUUCCAGUUUCUAUGGGCACCUAAAGCGCAACUGGAUCUGGACCAGCUACAUCAUCAGCAAGGCCAGGAAGGAGAACACUGCUUCUGAAAAUGGGCUCAUGGUGAGGCUCCAGACGUUUCUGUCCAAGCGCCCAUUGCCACUCAGUGCCGGAGGCACCGGCAGGUUGAACAUCUGGGGGGAAGCCAGAGUGGGAGCCGGGCUCUGCGCUGACCGGGAAGAGCAGUUCGAGAUGGACCGAGAGCCCACGCUGGACAGGAACCGGAGAGUGAGGGGCGGACGGAGUCAGAAGCGUAAGCGGCUGAAGAGGGACCCUGGAAAGAAGAUCAAGAGAAAGAGAAAAGAAGAGUCCCCCCAGGAGAAAAGCCGCAGCCUGCGCUACCACGAUGAGGCUGACCAGAGCGCGCUGCAGAGGAUGACCCGGCUGCGGGUCACCUGGUCCAUGCAGGAAGAUGGGCUGCUCGUGCUCUGCCGCAUCGCCAGCAACAUCCUCAACACCAAGGUGAAGGGCCCAUUCGUCCCCUGGCAGGUUGUGCGGGACAUCCUGCACGCCACCUUCGAAGAGUCUCUGGAUAAAACCUCUCACUCGGUCGGACGGAGAGCUCGCUACAUAGUCAAGAACCCACAGGCCUACCUGAACUAUAAGGUUUGCCUCGCUGAGGUGUACCAGGAUAAGGCACUUGUGGGAGAUUUCAUGAAUCGGAAAGGUGACUAUGAAGACCCAAAGGUUUGUGCCAGUGAGUUUAAAGAAUUUGUGGAGAAGCUCAAAGAGAAGUUCAGUUCGUCUCUCAAGAAUCCUAAUCUUGAAAUCCCAGACACGCUCCAGGAGCUGUUUGCCAGAUACCGAGUUUUGGCCAUUGGAGACGAAAAGGAUCCAACCAGGCAGGAAGAUGAACUGAACAGCGUGGAUGACAUCCACUUCCUCGUACUCCAGAACCUGGUCCAGAGCACGCUGGCCCUCUCGGACAGCCAGAUGGAGUCCUGCCGGUCAUUUCAGACUUUCCGCCUAUACCGUGAGUACAAGGACCACAUCCUCGUGAAGGCCUUCAUGGAGUGCCAGAAAAGGAGCUUGGUUAACCGGCGCCGGGUCAACCACAUGCUGGGCCCAAAGAAGAACCGGGCCCUGCCCUUCGUGCCCAUGUCCUACCAGCUCUCCCAGACCUACUACAGGAUUUUUACAUGGCGCUUCCCAAGCACCGUGUGCACGGAGUCGUUCCAGUUCCUCCGCACAAUCCUGGCCGCCGGCAAGUUGGACCAGCCUGAUAACUUUUCCUUCCAAGACCAGGAUACUAACAAGUCUACAAGUCAUCUGGUGACGUUUUCUCUGGACAACCCUGGAGGACACUGCGUGGCCGCCCUAACCCUUUUCUCUUUGGGCCUCAUCUCUGUGGACGUCCGGAUCCCGGAGCAGAUUGUCGUGGUAGACAGCUCCAUGGUAGAGAACGAGGUCAUGAAGAGUCUGGGCAAGGACGGGGGCUUGGAUGAGGACGACGAUGAGGAGGAAGACUUGGACGAAGGCUCAGGAAGCAAGCGCCGGGCCAUCGAGGUGAAAGCCCGCCAGGCCUCCCACACCAACUACCUGCUCAUGCGGGGCUACUGCGCGCCCGGCAUCGUCAGCACCCGCAACCUCAACCCCAACGACAGCAUCGUGGUGAACUCCUGCCGGGUGACGUUCCAGCUCCGCCGCACCCCCCUGCCCACGCGGCUCUGGCCCACGGUCCCUUCUCUGGAAGAGCUACCCGUGGGUAUAUCCUGCCUCCCGGCCACCUUCACCAGGCUGAUCCAGAGCCAGGGGACCGCCUGCAGCCUAGAGGAGUUUGUCCAGCAGGUGGAGCUGUGUGGGUACGAGCCAGGGGACGUGUGCGCUGUCCUGGAGGUGCACGGGGUCAUCGCGGCCGCGGGCUGCUUCGGGGUGGACAGAGUGGAGCUGAGCCGGUGGUUCUCCGCCUUCGAGAGGACCGACGCCGAGCGCACCCGGACCUUCACAGACUACGUGCAGGACCUCCUGGAGCACCACCAGGUCCUGGAAGUUGGUGGCAACACCAUUCGCCUGGUGGCCAUGGCCUCUGCCCAGCCCUGGCUCCUGCACUCGGUGAGGCUGAAAGGCAGAGAGGAGGAUGCGUGCCCUCCAACAACAGACCCCCAGGCCAGACCCCCGCACAGGCCUGCCCGCGAGGACAGCCCCGUGGGGAGGCCGGCUCCGCCCUCCCAGGGCCCCCGGAGCACCAAGAGGCGUGCCAGCUGCACGAGCCAUGACAUGGCUGGUCAGGGCGGGGAGGCCAACCCCGAGAGUACCCACAAGCCCCCUGCCAAGAGGCCCACGCUCCAGGAUGUGCGCCUGGCCCCCAGCCCCGGGGCCCAAGCAGAAGAGGAGCCAGAACUCCCAGUGCCUGCUCUGCCAGCAGCUCCCGGGGACUCGGGUGUGGAGGAGCCUCCCCCCGGAGUACGGGGGGCCGGGCUGGAGGACCAAGAGGAUGGCGGGGUUCCCAGCCCUCUAGGCCGGGAGCAGCCUAGCUGUCAGGCCCAGCUUCCAGAAGGAUCUGAAGACCCCAGAGGUUCGGCCGAGAGCUCUGUGGUCUGUGGCCUCUCCCAAGCAGCAUGGGAAAAGGACUGCGAGAACAUCUCGUUCGUCGCCCGGCCGUGGCGCAUCGUGGACGGCCACCUGAACGUGCCGGUGUGCAAGGGCAUGAUGGAGGCCAUGCUCUACCACAUCAUGACGCGGCCUGGCGUCCCCGAGAGCUGCCUGCUGCGCCACUACCGGGGUGCGCUCCAGCCCAUCGCCGUGCUCGAGCUGCUGCAGGGCCUGGAGUCCCUGGGCUGCAUUAAGAAGUGCUUGCUGAGGAAGCCAGCGGCCGUCUCGCUCUUCUCCAAGCCCCGGGUCCCCGAGGUGCAGGCGCCCUCCAGCCCGAGCGAGAGCGCCACCGUGUUCUACGAGCCCACGCUGGACUGCACGCUGCGGCUGGGCCGUGUGUUCCCCCACGAGGUCAACUGGAACAAGUGGGUCCACUUAUGAGGCACAUGCGGUCACCGUGAGCCCCUUCUCCACCACUGGCUCCUGAGGAGGGCGUGACUCCCCCAGGGGGGCUCCACCUGGCCCCCGCGUGCGCCGCACCCCGCUUGGUGCGCAGGGACACGUCUGUGCCAAGCCUCUGGCCUGGACCUCGGAGGAGAGCCUCCCGCCCUGCCGCUCUGGGGGUCUUGCCGGACCGAGGGCCCUGCUGGGUCCCGCCGGCUGUUGUCAGGGAGCAGCUGCCUGAAGGCUUGGGUCCCUGCUCUCCCUUUCUUGUUCCUAGGGCGUCGUAGCCGUGGCCGCAGGCAAGGACCCAGCUCUCCGUCGCUGCCUGCCUUCGCUGCGGACCUGGGGUUGUGGUGAGUUUGAGAGGCCUCCAAGGGCGUCCGCCAUCAGGGAGCAGAGCGCCUUCCGCGCGGACCUCAGCGUUGUCGUCCUGUGGCCGUGAGGGGUCAGGAGCUGGCGCUGCUCGCACUGCGUUGCCGGUUCUGGGUGCCAAGGCAGAAAGGCCCAGUGCCCCAAGCGGCAGGACCUCGGGGGGGCGGGGUGCGCAUCACGGGACAGGGCUGUGUGUCUUGCCACCGAAGGCCCUGGCAGGGACUGACCGCUCUAUAGGCAGGACCUCAGACCCGGGGAGAGCCUGGGGCUCCCUUGUUGGCCUGGCAAGACACGCGGCGGCCUCCGGGAGGUG